AUGAGGAUUACGGUUGUAUCAUACUUGCAUGUCUGUUUUCUUUUAACUCAUUCUACAGGUUUCCUCGGGAUCGCUGGCUUCCCACGGGUGCUCGGCUGCAUAGACGGCACCCAUGUGGCCAUCAAGGUGUCCAAGGAGGACAAACCAGUUUACCUCAACCGCAAGGGAUACACUUCGAUUAACGUCCAGGCUGUGUGUGAUGCCAACAACGUAGUGACCCAGCUGACUGUCAAGUGGCCUGGCAGCACCCACGACAGUUUUAUGUGGAGGAAUUGUGACCUCUAUGAGAAGUUCUGUGCUGGCACUGCCCCUGAUGGCUGGCUGCUUGGGGAUGCUGGCUACUCCGUGCAGCCCUGGCUAAUGACCCCAAUCAGGGCACCGAAGGAUGAACCGGAGGAAGAGUACAACGAGGCGCUGACGAAGACCCGACAGGUCAUUGAGCGAACGUUUGGACUCCUCAAGUCCAGAUUCAGGUGCCUGGACAAAUCUGGAGGAGUACUCCAGUACAAGCCUCAGAUCUGCUGCCGCAUCACUGUGGCCUGCGUAGUUUUACACAACUACUGCAUGCGCCACCAUGUGUCCUUCAACGAACCACUAGGUAAUAUAAUAGGCCCUUUCCACAAUUUAAGCGCUCCUGGCAGCAAGGCAGUUUGA